AUGGCUUGCUCACCAAUAUUGUGUCACUUCACCUUCCUGCAUUUGCUCCUCCUACUCACUACAUUAUACUGCUUGCUUAUUAACGCUCUCUCUUCCUUGCAGCCACUCUGCCGUGACUAUGAGAGCUCUGCUUUGAUGCAAUUCAAGCAUAGCAUUUCCAUGGACGAGUCUGCUUCUUCCGAUCCAUCUGCCUAUCCAAAGCUUGCAUCGUGGAAUGCUAGUAGCAGUGAUAGCUGCUGCUCAUGGGACGGGGUCACUUGUGAUGAGGACACCGGCCGUGUCAUUGGCCUUGACCUCAGCAGCAGCUUUCUCCGCGGUUCUAUUCAAUCCAACACCACCCUCUUCCGCCUUGUUCACCUUCAGAAACUCAACCUUGCGGACAAUCACUUUGAUGACUCUCAAAUCCCAUCUGAUGUUGGACUUCUUUCAAUGUUAACUUAUCUCAAUCUCUCAACAUCCUCAUUUGCUGGUCAAAUCCCAUUGGAAAUUUCAAAUUUAACCAAAUUAGCUUCCCUUGAUCUCUCAUUCAAUUUCUUGGAGCUCCUAGAGCCUGGCCUAACAAGGUUGGUUCAGAACUUGACGGAUUUGAAACAACUUCACCUCAAUGACGUGAACGUAUCUUCUACGGUACCUGAGAUUUUGGCAAAUUUUUCUUCUUUAAUGUCUCUACUUGUCAAAAAUUGUGAUUUACAUGGUGAAUUUCCGACAGGCAUUUUUAAGCUACCAAACCUACAGUUUCUUGAUGUUCAGUACAAUGAAGAGCUGAGCAGUUAUUUGCCAGAGUUCCACAUGAGAAGGAGUCCACUUAAGUCAUUGACACUAGCGGGCACAAGCUUCUAUGGAGAGUUGUCAAAUUCAAUUGGAAAUCUCCACUCAUUGAAUACAUUGGAUGUCUCAUUGUGCAACUUCUCAGGGUCAAUACCAACAUCGAUUGGUAAUCUUGCACAACUCGUAUAUCUGGACCUUUCCAUAAACAACUUCUCAGGAUCAAUACCUGCUUCGAUUGGUAGUCUUGCAAAACUUGUUUAUCUCGACCUUUCUAUAAACAAGUUUAGUGGCGAGAACCUGUCAUUCCUUGGUAAGCUAACCAAACUAUCCUUUUUGUCUCUUGGUGUCAACAUUUUCAAGUGUGAGAUCCCAUCUUCUUUUGCAAACCUGACCCAACUUGAUAGAUUGUACAUGAACUCUAAUCAACUAACGGGUCAAAUCCCAUCUGGGCUUAUGAAUCUGACCCGGUUAACAAUCCUAGACCUUUCAGAUAAUUUGUUACAGGGUCCCAUCCCAGAGUCGAUAUCUCAACUUGCAAAUCUACAAGAACUUUAUAUUGAUUCAAACAACCUGAGUGGAAGAGUGAAGCUAGAUGCGUUUUUUGUCAUGAAAAAUCUUACUACUCUUCAUCUGUCAUAUAACCACCUAACCUUACUCACCAAUAGAGAUUACACCAAUGCCCCCGUUCCAAAGUUUCAUCAUCUGGGAUUGGAGACAUGCAACCUAACAGAGUUUCCGGAUUUUUUGAGACUCCAAGACGAGUUGCUGUGGUUACACCUCAGCAACAAUAAAAUUCAAGGCCCCCUGCCUACAUGGAUAUGGAAUAUGAGUAUACAAACUCUGUUUGAACUCGACCUUUCUCAAAACUUUAUAACUGGCUUUUACCAUCAUCCAUUAGUCCUUCCAUGGGGCGGGCUCGCGGUUUUAGACCUUAGUUCUAACAUGCUGCGAGGAUCAUUCCCCGUUCCACCACCGUCCACCCUUGUUUAUAAGGUCGCGAACAACAUGUUCACCGGGGAAAUUCCGCCACUUUUAUGCAAUGUGAGUUCUCUUUUAAUCCUGGAUUUAUCUUAUAACAAUAUGAGUGGCAUCAUUCCCCAAUGCUUGGGCAGUGAAACCGAGUCUCUGAAAUUUUUGAAUCUUCGAAACAAUAAAUUAUGUGGGCCCAUUCCUCAAGGAUACAAGAACGGGACCCAACUCACGAAGAUCAACUUGAGUCAAAACCAAUUGGAAGGGCCAGUGCCGAGAUCGUUGGCCAAUUGCACAAUUCUAGAGAGUCUUGAUCUUGGGAACAAUCACAUCAAUGAUGUUUUCCCUUUUUGGUUGGGAACACUUUAUGAGUUGAAGGUUCUCAUUUUGCGAUUCAAUAGGUUCCAUGGUGCAAUUCGGAACCCUAAAUCAAGUUUAGCUUUCCCCAAGUUGCACAUUCUUGACAUAUCUCACAAUGGUUUCACUGGUAAGUUACCUUCCGGUUACUUCCAUACCUGGACAUCCAUGAAAACUAUUGAUGUUAAUCAAUCGACAUCCUACGGGAGUGUAGACUUUGCUAGAGAUCACAAUAAUUACAUGACAACACUAUCGAACAAAGGUGUCCAAAUAGGGUACUUGUAUGUCCUAAAUGUUUUUGCUGCCAUUGAUCUCUCAAGUAACCGAUUUGAAGGAAAGAUUCCAGAAUCUAUUGGAAUUCUCAAGUGUCUUCACUCGCUCAACCUUUCCAACAACAAUCUCAUCGGCCAGAUCCCAUCAUCAUUGGGGAAUCUAACGGAGGUUGAAUCGUUGGACCUUUCUCGAAACAAACUCUCGGGAGAAAUACCUCAACAGCUAACCCAACUCACAUUCCUUGCAUUCUUCAAUGUGUCUCAUAAUCAUCUCAGUGGGCCUAUUCCACGAGGAAGGCAAUUUGAUACUUUUGAAAACAGUUCGUAUGAGAUGAAUUCAGGAUUGUGUGGAGAUCCUUUGGCAAAGAAAUGUGGCAAUUUAGAAGCAUCACCACCACCUUCAAAUUUGAAGCAAGAUGAUGAUGAUGAUUCAUGGUUUCCAAUUGAUAAAACUGAUUGGAUAGUCAUAUGCAUGGGUUAUGGAGGUGGGUUAACAGUUGGGCUGAUCAUUGGGCACACUCUGACAACAAGGUAUCAUGAAUGGUUUGUCAGCACCUUCGGAAGGAACCAAAAGAAACAGAGAAAGAAGAAUAAGAGCAGGCGAAGAAACUAAAUUUGAUGAGCCCGGCCAUAUUCGCUUUCGACUAGAGGUAGGUGCGUCAAGGAAAUGAAGAAUUUCAGAUCCAGCAUGGAGUUUUCAUCAACUAUCAGGUCUAAGUUUUUUUUAUUUUUUUAUUUUAUUUUUUUUCAGGUCAAGAAUGUUAUAUUAGAAGUCAGGAGUCGAAGGCUUGAAGCCGGGCUCUCAAGAAUAACCGGAAGCAACAAUGGCUGGACUAAGAAGGCACGGUGUCUAAGUUUGUCUUCUGUGUAUAUAUAUAUUUGUAUACAUUGCGUUGUGUUUGUUCUUCACUUGUUUGCAAUUGUGGUCCAUGCCAACCUUCAUCAUAA